ACCUUUAAGGUAAUUCACUGUCACACAACCUGUAGUAACUUUCACUUCUUGUUCAAGAUAUAAAGGGUAAAUCCACAAUGAUUCAUGCAGAGCAGAAAGCUGAAAUGUUCAAUCUGAAAAGAAGUUCUGGCUAUGCUUCACAGAUGUUUUAUCUUUGACUCUUAUGACAUCGCUGAUUUGGGUGUGGACGAGGGAGCUAUUUGUUAGUGUAGCAGUAGUUUAUAUCAACUGCAGCCCUUAUCUGUGAUUAAGCGGAAAAGUAGCUAUAUUUUGUAAAAACAGCUGCUGAAGACACUCUAAAGAACCAGCAUUCCUUGCUCAUGUUACUUCUAAUGCACAAUGUGUACAAUGUCAUCUGUCAAGUCGGAGAUGGGCUUGAGGCUUCAGAUUUGUUCAUUUUUAACAGAAAGCCUGUUUUGCAAACUGGAGACAUGAAGUUUUAAAAACAUGCGGGGGUCUAAAAAAGGAAGCUAAGUGUAGGAUCAAGUACUUUUGAGCCUCACCCAUUUUUGAAAAGUCAGGAUAUCUCGGCCUCUGCUGCAGUAAUUUGGACCCUUCUUUCUUGAAUCUGUCACCUUCUCCCACACCUCCAUGGAAGCCUGUUACUCAUUUGCUGGAGCCUCCCCAUUAACCAUACCUGAUAUAGUGGCUGCCAUGCAUGGAUAAUGUAGAGAUAAAUAAUUUAAAAAGGCACUUCGGUUUUACACAUGACGGUUAGUUUACUCAUUCAGCCUGUAAAAACAGUUGUAUAAUGUCCUCUGUGGCUUUACCAAGUCUGAGAAAAUAACCACUGAUGAUGUCAUUGGGGAUUUUCUUGGCUUGGGUGUGCAGACUCCAAAAUUAACUGAAAGCCUGUGUUACAUGGAAUUGGAAAGACAUGGGUCAUGUACCAGGCAAGUAGGACCUAACGACAGACACUAUUGAGUUGCAUGAUGGAAAAUGUAGUAUUUUUAUGUACUAUGUAGUAGUAGUAAUGUAAUUAUUAUUUUUUAUGAUCUGCUGCAUCAAUUUGGAUCUAAAACUUUUCCCCUUCUCUCCAAGUCUUACAACUUCAUGGAAGCACAAUUCUAAAUCACCCCUUUCAAAAAAAACAUAACUGCACAUAAUUUUCCAGACCAGUCUAAUUUGUGUCUGGGUUGAAAUAACGCUGGAUUUAGAAAGUUGUUCUAUCAAACAUUAUAAAGUCCAGUCAAGCCUAUUUGCACAUCCAAAUUCAGCCUAUGAUGAGCCUAUCAUCCAUGAAUAAAAUAAGUCUACAAUAUAAUCAUACACAAUCCUCUUAAUAUAUAAACCUUCAUAAAUCAAAUUGUCUCAGAAUUACAUAAAUAUACUUAAAGUGCACAAUUCACAAAUCACACAUACAAACACAGCAAAUAAACUUCAGCAUUACAUUCACCAACCAAGGAACCUUUACCUUAAAGACUAGAAACAUAAAUUGCUGUUGACAUGAACAUGAACCAAUAAAUCUGUCAAGCAGAGCGGGCCUGCAUAUUAAUGCUGCAUGUAAUAACAUAAAGAAACAUAUGAAGGUCACAGCACUAACAUGUAACAUAUAUGUUACAUUAUAUGAUAGUGUCAGUGCACUAUGAGGGUCAUUGCACUGUCUCAAGUCUAUCCUCUUUUAAUGAGCACCAAGCAAUGUGUUAGAGGAAAGCAAAUGAAGAAGUGAGAGAGGCAGCAACAGCUCCUGAAUAAAUUUCCCCUGAGUUGGCCCUUCCUACUGAAGCAGUUGGUGCUUUUGAGAGAGAGAGAGAGAGAAAAAAAAUCUGCUGUAUGUCAACAAAAAAAAAUCUGCAGCAUUCAAACCCUUCCCGUUUAUUCAAUGAGGGAAGGAGCGUGCGUUGAGGGUUUACCCAGCUUGUUAUGAAAAGCAGCCGCAGCUCGUCUGAAUGAAAGCAUUCUUCUUCGUGCGGGUGACCAAUAACUUCUCUUCAUUCUGUGGUCCAUGUAUGACGCGUCAGCCAGGCGCGCCCACUGCACAUCUCAACUCCUCUGUGCACCCCCUAACUGGAGUUUAGUUUGGAUGGACUCAACGGAAAGACAGACUACACAAGCCGCAGAAAGACUUUAAGGACUGGCUAAAGGACUAGCAGUCACUUUGAUGCGAGAGCUGUCGAUGUUUUGAUCCAGAAAACUGAUAAAAGGAAGCGCUGCACUUUUGGGAUUUCUCAGGAACACACCCAGCCCUAACAGUUACACAGGAAGUGAAUGAUUGGGAAGAAGAACGGGACAGGCAACUGGAUCCCUUUUGGAGAGCAGCCCAGCAGGAUAACAAAAAGUGUGAGUUUCCCUUCCUGCAGAUAACUUCAAAAUAAUGGGUGACUCCAGCGAGGACUACGGAAACUACACCUAUGAAUAUUACCUAGAGUAUGGCGACUUGGAAGAAAUUAAAGCAGAGCACAGCCAGAGGGAAGCUACGCACAUUAUCUCAGUGGUCGUCUACAUUGUUUCCUUUGUGCUCGGCCUGAUUGGAAAUGGAAUCGUCAUCUGGGUGACAGGCUGUAAAAGCAAAAAGACUGUCAACAGUGUUUGGUUGCUCAAUCUAGCAAUCGCAGACUUUGUAUUUGUGCUUUUUCUACCCUUCUACAUUGAUUACAUACUGCGGGACUUCCACUGGGACUUUGGUGUGAUCAUGUGUAAGAUUAACUCAUUUGUGUCUGUGAUGAACAUGUAUGCCAGUGUACUUUUUCUCACAGUGCUCAGUAUAGACAGAUAUGUUUCUCUGGUCCACCUUAACUGGUCUCAAAGGUAUCGCACUGUAGAGAGAGCCUGGGUGAUAUGUGGUUGCAUAUGGGCGCUAGCUGCCGCUUUGAGCUGUCCUGCACUGAUCUUUCGCGACACCAUGCAAGUACAUGACAAGAUUGUGUGCUUCAACAACUUCCACGCACAGGAUGCACACACAGCAGCUGUAAGACACAUUAUAAUAGUGGUCAUCCGUACCACUGUGGGCUUCCUUCUGCCGUUUACUGCUAUAUGUGUGACAGGCAUACUUCUGACAAUCAAAGUGAAUCGAUCUCAGGGCUUGGUUCGCCUGUCUAGCUUCUCCAAAACAGUCUCUGCAGUGAUUCUGGCCUUCUUUUUAUGCUGGGCUCCUUUUCACACUUUCAGCUUGAUGGAGUUAUCCAUACAUUCCUCAUUUUACUUACAUUACAUACUGAAAACUGGCUUUCCUUUGGCCACCAGCUUAGGUUUUUUUAACAGCUGCAUUAACCCCCUGCUCUAUAUGCUCCUGGGCAAAAAGGUUCGUCAUAUCCUGAAGCGUGCGUGCCUGGAUAUCACAAAGAGCUCACUAAGAGAGUUCAGCCAGUCAAUCUCUGCCACUGAAAUUGAGACUGUGCCAGGGAUUCCUCAGGACAGUUCACCGGAGGAGCCCUUUGAGUCGUCAAAGCUAUGAUCACAAUCAUCCACGGACUCUCGUAGUUGUCCAUGAAAAAUAUGAGGGUGAGACUGGCUAUAAUUUGGGCGUAAAUGUGGAGGAUUAUCGUAGCUGUUCUUUCCAGCUGUAGGGUUAAGAUUUUCCUAUUUUGUUUCAUUUGGACGGAGUUAUGCCCACUUCAACCGACAAUUACUCUCGAUGGAAAAGUAUGCACAUGCUCCAUGCACACUGAGUUUGUAUCUUUCCAUUUAUUUUUCUGUUGCAUAACCUGCAGAAAAAGAGGCAAAAUGAAAAUUAGAGCUGAAAUAGUCAAUUAGUUGAUCGACAGAUAAUUAAUCAGCAACGAUUUUGGUAAUCAGUUCAUUUUUUACAUAAUUUUUAAAAUAAAAAUGUUCUGCUUUCAGCUUCUCAGUUGUAAGGAUUUGCUAAUAACUGUUG